AUGUCGAGUGCAAAUUCCAAAGGGGGGUCGAAAGAUCCCUCCAAACAUGGAAGCGACAAGGAUAAACCUAGAAUUGACACGUCGCAGUAUAGUUACAAUGCCAUGUCAAAUUUGGUUACGCAGCCUGAUCGAAGAUUUGUGUCUAGACGCGACACGGAGCCUACAGGAGAGCCAGAGUCACUUGCCAACCGUGUAAAUGUGUCUGAAAUGGGUACUCGGGCACAAACGAGUAAAGCAGAGACUCUUCCUCAAGGGUUUACUCAAGAAGUACAGGAAGCCCGUGUUCCUUCUGCUGAAGGAUAUCCUGCGGGGGCUGAAAAUAAAUUGCUUAGACGUAAAGGCACCACUGGCUCAACUUUGCUAGGUACUUCUGAUACCUUAGAAUCUUUAAGAUACCAACCCUUGACGGACGAGACGCGUGAAGUAUAUGACUACAUUUUAUCCUUUGUACAACAAUAUUUAGGUGAUCAGGCACCUGAGGUUUUACGGUCUGCAUCUGACUUGGUGAUUGAAAUCAUAAAAGAUGAAACUUUAGCAGAAUCAAGUAAAAAUCAACAAGUGAACGAGAUUUUAGGUGUCAAGGUUCCUAAUGAUCGAUUCUCACAAUUAAUAAAUCUUGGCAAUCGUUUAACCGAUUAUACCAGAGAGGAAGAAACUGCCAUGGACGAAAGAGACUUGUAUGAUUCAGGUGUACCAGUAUUGUUCAAUGAAGCAGAUGAGGAAGAAGAAGCGGUCGAAGCAAUGGAAGAAGAGGAAGUAGAACCCGCCGCUACCGAAUACGAGGAUGUAAAGAACGAAGGAAUCCCUAUAGAAGACCAAGACGCGGAGGUAGCAGUUAUUUCGGGCGAUGCUAGAAAGGUGUCUGAAGAUUCAAAACUUCAUCCAAGAGACAUAGAUGCAUUUUGGCUUCAAAGAGAAAUUGCAAAAUAUUACCAAGACGCUCAUAUUUGCCAAGAAAAAACAAAUAUUGCAUUUGAUUCUCUUUCAUCCAAUGUAGAUCUCGGUGAACUUGAAAACGACUUAAUGAAUAUCUUUGAUUAUGAGCAUUUUUCUUUGGUACAACUUUUAACGAAAAACCGAUGGAUGAUAGUUUUCUGUACUCUACUUACGCGAGCUGCCGAUGAGAAGGAACACUCUACUAUAGAGGAAAGUAUUCGAGAAGCUGGUCAGUCCUGGAUUUUACAAUCUUUGGAGUAUAACGCACCCAUUCCAUCCGAGGUCGCACAGCAGGAAGAAAAACCUUCCGUAGAUGGUCAAAGGCUUGCUCCUGAUGAGGAUAUGACACCUAAACCUGGUCAAGAGGUAGCCAACAAAGUGAUUCCCAAGCAACAAGUGAACUUGGAAAACUAUGUUUUUUCAGAAGGUGCUCAUCUCAUGUCGAAUAAGGCCGUUAAGCUUCCUGAGGGCUCAUUCCGACGCACUGGUAAAGGAUUUGAAGAAAUCCAUGUUCCUGCUCCCGCCAAGGCUACAAUGAAACCAGAUGAACGAUUAGUAUCUGUGAAUGAGCUUCCUGAAUGGGCACACGGAGCAUUUCCCAAUACACCUUCAUUAAACCGAAUUCAAAGUCACUUAUUCCCAAUUGCUUAUGGGACAGAUGAAAAUAUCUUACUUUGUGCUCCUACUGGCGCUGGUAAAACUAAUGUUGCAAUGUUAUGUAUUUUGAACGAAUUACAGAAACAUCUCAAUUCUGAUUUGUCAUUUCGAAAAGAUGAUUUCAAGAUUGUUUAUAUUGCGCCAUUGAAAGCCUUGGUCCAGGAAAUGGUCAAUAAUUUCUCAAAGCGAUUAAACCCAUAUGGGAUUCAAGUUUCAGAGUUAACCGGUGAUAGCCAGUUAACUAAGCAACAGAUUACCAAUACACAAAUUAUUGUUACGACACCUGAGAAAUGGGACAUUAUCACCAGAAAAUCAAACGAUUUAUCUUAUGUCAAUUUGGUUCGGUUAAUCAUUAUAGAUGAAGUUCAUUUGUUGCAUGAUGAAAGAGGACCAGUUUUGGAAUCUAUUGUUGCACGUACUCUCCGUCAUCAAGAAGAGUCCUUGGAGAGAAUUCGUUUAGUAGGCCUUUCAGCUACGCUACCUAAUUAUACAGAUGUUUCGAACUUUUUGCGAGUAAAUCCCAACAAAGGUUUGUUCUAUUUUGAUUCAACAUAUCGCCCUUGUCCAUUAAAACAAGAGUUUAUUGGAGUAACGGAAAAGAAACCAAUUAAGCGGUUGCAAGUUACUAACGAAGCUUGUUAUGAAAAGACAAUGCAGCACGCUGGCAAAAAUCAAGUUCUUAUAUUUGUGCAUUCUAGGAAAGAAACUUAUAAAACUGCUCGCUUUAUACGAGACAAGGCUUUAGAAGAAGAAACGAUUGGCCAUAUUUUACGUUCGGAUGCUGCUUCUCGUGAAAUUUUGCAAACCGAAGCUGAUACCACCAAAAAUGAGCAUAUGAAAGAUCUUCUUCCUUACGGGUUUGCUAUACAUCAUGCAGGAAUGCGACGUGAGGAUCGCCGAACGGCAGAGGAUUUAUUUGCGGAAGGUACAAUUCAAGUUUUAGUAAGUACUGCUACUUUGGCCUGGGGAGUUAAUUUACCAGCUCAUACUGUAAUCAUCAAAGGUACUCAGAUAUACUCACCUGAAAAGGGUAUUUGGACUGAACUUUCACCCCAAGAUGUUCUUCAAAUGCUUGGUAGAGCAGGCCGACCACAGUUUGACACAUAUGGUGAGGGUAUUAUUAUUACUGCACACUCUGAACUACAGUAUUAUCUAUCCUUAAUGAACCAACAGUUGCCAAUUGAGUCGCAACUUAUGACCCGCUUAGCUGACUGUCUGAACGCAGAACUUGCUAUGGGUUCAGUUAAAAGUAUUGAAGAUGGUGUCGAAUGGUUGGGUUUUACUUACCUAUAUGUAAGAAUGUUAAGGUCUCCCGGACUUUACAGUGUAGGUCCAGAAUAUGAAAAUGACAAGUAUCUGAUACAAAAAAGAGCCGAUUUGGUUCACUCUGCUGCUUUACUUCUCGAAAAAUGUAGACUUCUUGUUUACAACAAAGAAAGCGGUACACUAACGGCAACUGAGCUUGGUAAGGUUGCUGCCAGCUACUAUGUAUCUCACAAUUCAAUGGCUACGUAUAACAGGUUAUUUAAUCAGUCUAUUUCCUUCAUAGAACUGUUCAGAAUUUUCAGCUUAUCGGACGAAUUUAAAUAUAUACCUGUACGAGAGGAAGAAAAAGUCGAGCUCGCAAGACUCUUAGAGCGUGUACCAAUCCCUAUACGUGAAGGUCUUGAUGAUUCUUCAGCAAAAGUCAACGCAUUAUUGCAAUCAUACAUAUCAAGACAGCAACUUGAUGGUUUUGCCUUAGUAGCAGACAUGAUUUAUGUAACUCAGUCUGCAGGAAGAAUUAUGAGAGCGAUUUUUGAAAUUGCCCUUCGUCGCGGAUGGUCGUCUGUUGCGAAGAUGGCAUUAGACACUUGCAAGAUGAUUGAAAAACGUCUUUGGCCCACUAUGAGUCCUUUGAGACAGUUUCCAAACUGUCCUAGUGAAGUAAUUCGGCGAGUAGAGAAGAAAGACUUCUCUUGGUAUCGGUAUUUUGAUUUGGAUCCUGCUGAAUUAGGUGAAUUAAUUGGCGUUCCCAAGGAAGGACGACGAGUUUAUAAUAUGGUUCAGUCAUUUCCCAGGAUUAAUGUUGAAGCUCAUAUUCAACCUAUUACUCGAUCAUUAUUAAGAGUUGAAUUAUCAAUAUCCUCGCAGUUUACUUGGGAUGAUUCCUUGAGUGGUACUUCUGAGGCUUUUUGGGUACUGGUUGAAGAUGUCAACGGUGAAAUUCUUUUGCAUUAUGAACAGUUCUUUUUACUCAAAAAAUACCAGGAAGAUGAACAUAUUUUGAAUUUUACUGUCACCUUGACAGAUCCUUUGCCUCCUAAUUACUUCAUCAGUGUUGUAUCCGAUCGGUGGUUACAUUGCAACUUCAAAGUGCCGUUAUCAUUUAAGCGGUUGAUUAUGCCUGAAAAAUUUCCAGCACCGACUCCUCUUCUCGAUUUGCAAAACGUGCCUGUGAGUGCCUUGGGAAAUCCUGAGUAUAUUUCUUUGUACAGUUCCCAAUUCAAUGUUUUUAACAAAUUACAAACGCAGGUUUUUAAUGCUUUAUAUAAAUCUAGUGACACCUUGUUUAUUGGUGCUCCUAACGGUAGUGGAAAAACGGUGUGUGCUGAACUCGCAUUAUUGAAUCACUGGAAAAAUCCUGAUGCUGGUAGUGCUGUCUAUCUUGCUCCAGUGCAAGAAAUUGUUGACCAAAAGUUUGAAGAAUGGAAAGAAAGACUUGGUAAUGUUGGUGAAGGAAAGGUGCUAUUUAAGUUGACCGGUGACCGAUCUGAAGAUUUGAAGCUUAUUCAGGUUGCUGAUCUUAUAUUUGCUACACCAUAUCAAUGGGAUUCGUUAUCGAAAAGAUGGAGAACAAUGCGCAGCAUACAUAAGGUUGAUAUGUACAUAUGCGACAAUCUUCAAUUACUGGGUGGUACACAUGGCCCUCUUUACGAAGUUGUACUUUCAAGAAUUCGUUAUAUGUCUUUGCAAUUAGAAAAGCAUAUAAGAAUUGUUGGUCUUUCUGUUUCUUUAGCGAACGCUCGAGAUCUCGGUGAAUGGUUAGGAGCUAGUCCUCAAAAUAUAUUCAACUUUAGUCCAAAGGAUAGGCCUAACCCGUUAACGAUUCAUUUGCAAUCAUUUAGCAUUAGCCACUUUCCGUCGCUUAUGCUGGCUAUGUCUAAGCCUGUAUAUCGUGUUCUUGUGCAAAGUAUAUCUCAAAGAAAAUCCAGUCUUGUAUUUACACCUGAUCGGAAAGUCGCCAGACAACUUGCUCUUGAUAUUGUCACAUUUAGUUUGGCUGAUGAAGAUGAAUACCAGUUUUCUGUAGCAGAAACGGAAGCAAUUGAGACGGUCCAGGAUGUUACUUUGCGUCAGUCUCUUAGACACGGAAUAGCAUUCGUUUCGGAAAUUACAUCUGCACAUGAUAAAGGUAUUAUUGAGGCAAUGUUCCAACAUGGACUCAUGAAAGUAUUGAUCGCUACGCAUGAUGUUAUAUAUUCUUUGAAUGUCAAAUCGAAUGUUGUAGUCGUAAUGGGGACUCAGCAAUAUGAUGGAAAAGAGCAUCGAUACAUCGAUUAUCCUAUCAGUGAUUUAUUGCAAAUGUUAGGUUUCACGGCAAAUAUGAGAAGCAAUGUCAUUAGCCAGGCCGUUCUAUUGACAGUGAAUACUAAAAAAGACUAUUACAAGAGAUUCUUAAAUGAGCCAUUACCCAUGGAAAGUCACUUGCAAGUGUGGCUUCACGAUGCUUUUGUUUCGGAAAUCUCGACGCAAACUGUUGAAAGCAAACAGGAUGCUGUAGAUUGGUUGACAUGGACUUACAUGUAUAGAAGAUUGGUUGCGAACCCUACAUAUUAUGGUCUUCAAGACAUAACCCAUGAAUCCGUUUCGGAAUUCCUGUCAGACGUCGUUGAAACCACGAUGAAUGAUUUAAAUGAAGCCCGUUUGAUUACUGUUGAUGAAGAAGAUGACAGUUGUGUACCAUUGAAUUUGGCAAUGAUUGCAUCGUUUUACGGAAUCACCUAUGUUACUAUGCAAACCUUUGCUCUUAGUUUAACUGAGCGUACCAAGAUGAAAGGUUUGUUGGAAAUUGUAACAUCUGCCGCGGAAUUUGAACAAUUGCCUAUAAGGAAAUAUGAGGAUAUUGCUUUGGCUCGUAUUCAUUCACGGCUACCUGUCCGCUUAAGCAACCCAGAUUAUGAGGAUCCUCAUACAAAAUCUUUUAUUCUGUUAGCUGCCCAUUUUUCGCGCUUUGAACUACCCGCGGAAUUGGCAUUAGACCAAAAAUUCUUGCUCGGCAAAGUGUUGAAUUUGCUCAGUGCAUGUGUUGAUACUCUCUCUUCUGAGGGCUAUCUCAUCGCUUGCAUCCGACCGAUGGAAAUGUCACAGAUGGUUACACAAGCUAUGUGGGAUCGCGACAGUCCUUUGAAACAAAUUCCAUACUUUGAUGAUGCAUUAAUUAACCGCUGCAAUGAGAAGGGAGUACAUGAUGUAUUCGAUGUAAUUGACAUGGAUGACGAUGAACGCAUGAAAUUGUUGCAAAUGGAUAAUGCUCACCUUGCCAAAUGUGCAGACUUUAUUAAUAAUUAUCCUGACAUUGACAUCAAUUUUGAAGUUCACGAUUCGGAGAAUGUACAUGCAAACUCUUCUACAUUGCUGUUAGUGCAGUUGAAUCGAGAAGUUGAAGAAGAAGAGGAAGUUGAUAUCACCGUGUUUGCCCCUUAUUUCCCUAUGAAAAAGACAGAGCAUUGGUGGUUAGUCGUCUCCGAUGACCAAAACCUUUUAGCAAUCAAGAAGGUUACUUUGGGUCGAUCCUUAACUACAAAACUGGAAUUUGUACCGCCAGAAGCCGGUAAUAAGUCAUUUAAGCUCAGUUGCUUCUGUGAUUCCUACAUGGGAGUCGAUUAUGAAAAAGAAUUUUCUUGCGAUGUUUUGGAACCUUUGGACGAAGAAAUAGAUGAUGCAGAAGAGUAA